AUGCAGAAAACGCUCCCGCAGGCGAGGAGCAGGGGUAGCCAACAUAGAGUUUUCGACUGUUGCCGUUCUUUCCAAGAUUUGGUCUUGGUAUACUUGGUAUUACUAUUAGGUAUUCUGGUUCGGUUCCUCGGAUUAGUCCAGACUCCCAAACACGCAACCGAAGUUGACCCUCUCUCUCGGUUCGAAGUCUCUCUCUCUCUCUCUCUGUCUCUCGUCGGAGUCUCUGUCCCUUUUCUCACUGCGGCAUCUCGUUGCGGCAUUGUGGUAGCCGGGGGUGUACUAUAG